AUGGACUUAUUGGCUGCUUCAAAAUGUUUACAAAUUGUGUACCUAAAGUUGAUUAUUCAGUUAACUUUUUCUUCGUUGUUUUUACCAACUUAUGGAGUCAGUGAUUUGAGCAGCAUUGUAAGUCACGAUAUUAGUAUCCAACUUGAAGAACUGAAUGUAUAUGGUGGUGAAAAUUUAACAAAUCCGGCAGCAAACUGCUCAUUAACAUUGCACAGAAAUACGUGUGAUAGUAAACCGUUGUCAGUGGAGGAUAAGAUUUCUUGGCAAACAAAACUUUGUAUCAAAUGGAGUUGUGACAUUGUUCAGGUGUACCAAAGAGAAGAUGAUGAUGAGUUCGCCGAAUUAUCAAAAGAAUUUGACAAGUGCCACUGCGAACGGUUUUUUAAACGUGCGUCAGGAAGGCAUUUCGAUGCCAAAGUUUGGUUGCGAUAUCCAACUUUGCCAUUUAUGCGAUCCGAAUUGUCUGGCGAUUAUUGUACCCGCCUCCAAACUGUUCGGACUACUCAGACGCUUACCGGAACAGUAGAGAAUUAA